AUGACAUCUCACACGAGCAAUCAUGACACUGCUGCCCCUGAUGGUGAUAACAACAACAACAACCAUCAUAUGUUGUCAUCUUCUUCCAAUGAUAAGGAUAACAUCAUUGUGACAACCGCUGAUGAUGGUGAUGAACAUAGUCAGCGUAGUGCUACCAAGAGCGUUCAUGCCAGCAAACCUGAUCUGAGCACACGCAUUAGAAAUCAUUUCAAGCACAUCUUUAGCACCAUAUUCGUAAAGCCACAAGGUAGACCACCUAACCUUUUCAAACAGCUUCUUAGCCUCAAUACCAAACAACGGCUGGCGUUCGCUGCCGCUUUUGGUGGUUGGCUUUUCGAUUCGUACGACUUUUUUUGUGUGUCUUUGUCGGCACCUUAUAUUGCCGAAGAUUUUGGUGUCGAGGUAUCGGAUGUUACAUCUGCCAUUACGACAACACUGAUGUUGCGUUCUGUGGGUGCUCUCAUUUUUGGUGUCAUGGCUGACAAGUGGGGACGUCGAUGGCCUUUGAUGAUUGACAUUUUUCUGUAUUCUGUUAUCAACAUGUGCAGCGGCUUUGCACCCAACCUUUCAACGUUCAUCGGCCUACGUGCCUUGUUCGGUAUAGCUAUGGGAGCCGAAUGGGGAAUUGGUGCAAGCUUAGCCCUCGAAUCGUUGCCAAUCGAAACAAGGGGCUUGUUUUCCGGGAUCUAUCAAGAAGGUUAUGCUGCUGGUUACCUACUUGCCACUUUGGUCAACUAUGCGGUGCAAAUCACAGGAUCUUCAUGGCGCAUUAUGUUUUGGUGUAGCAGUGCUUUUGUGCUCUUGAUCCUACCAAUUAGAUUCCUCGUCCCUGAAACCGAAUCUUUUGAAAAGACAAAAGAAGCACGCAAGAUCCUGUCACGAUCAUUCUUUAUGGAUAUUUGGUACAUGAUCAAGAAUCAUUAUCUUCGAGUGAUUUAUAUGGUCAUUUUGAUGGCAUUGUUCAAUUUCUUCUCCCACGGAUCACAAGACUUGUAUCCAUCUUUUCUGAUCAAGCAGCUCAAUUACAGCACCACAGAGCAAACGGUGACGAGCGUCAUUUACAACAUUGGCGCGAUUGUUGGUGGCACGAUUCUCGGAUGCUACUCGACCUAUUUUGGAAGAAAGUUGACCAUUGCGGUAGCGUGUGUGUUUGUUGGUGCGUUCAUCCCACUCUGGGUCUUUGGACCUAACAUCCAGUCUAUCCAAUUUGGGUCGUUUGUGUUGCAAUUCUUUGUGCAAGGAGCGUGGGGUGUGAUCCCUGCUCACUUAAUUGAGCUUGCUCCAGCAUCCUUCAGAGGCCUAAUGCCAGGCUUGGCGUAUCAGCUUGGUAAUCUUAUAAGUGCAGCCAGCAGCCAAAUCCAAGCAUCCAUUGGUGAACGAUAUCCUUUACGCAAUCCCGAUGGUAGUGUAAUGCUGCGUGAAGGGAAACCUGUGCCUGAUUAUGGGCUUGUUCAAGCUUUAUUCAUGGGAAUCGAUGCAGCGCUACUUCUUAUUUGCACGUUGCUGGGCAACGAGGAGCGCAACAAGAACUUUUUGGAUAAUUUAGCCGAGGAUGAGCAUGGCAAUGCCAUUGGAGUCAAGGAUAUCGAAGCUAUCAAGCAAGAGCAAGGCGAGAGUGUAAUGGAGAAAAACGUAGCAACAGCUGAUUGUGAGCAACAACAGCAACAAGAACAAGAAGAGCAGAAUGUUCAAAAGAAUUAA